UCUAGGUGGAGAAUUGAACGAAAAGGCUGCACGUGUUUCCGCUAACCGAAGAAGCACGGACGAAGAAGCCCUGACGCAAAUUCUCGGUGCCGAAGCUGGUGCCGAUACUGUUGCGAAUGCUGGUGCUGCAUUAGAUUGGAAUGAGGAAGCGACUGAAUCAGUUGUACGGGAUGUCGUUCGAGAGGACGACGAACGGAAGCCGCCAGUUGCUACGAAGGAAGCUGAACAAGAUUUUCAAGAAACAGAACAAGCGAGAAACGUUUCGGCAACUGAGGAUGAACCUUUUUCAGAGGACUAUGGAGCUGGAGAGAGUUUCAUCAGGAUUCACAGCGGCUCUGGUGCACAAGGAGAAGAUGCUGAUGUUGAUAGCUCAACGCAACUUCCAGAGGCUAAGAAGGACUCAGUUGCGCCUACGGCUCAAACAGAACCACAAGAACGACAACCGCAGCUGCUGGUUAAUGCAUUACAAUCCGAGGAAAUUACCCCUGCCUUCCCAGACUCUGCCCAGCUAGCACAAGCCGAGGAGCACGACGCUUACGAAGCCGCAUUGUUAGAAGAAGAGCAUAUGGCAAUAGCCGAAUUAGAAGAAGCGGUGGAAGGCGAAGUUUCGAGGUUGCAAGAGCAAGCUACUCGAGCAUGGGUCAGUGCGAGUACCUACAAGCGAAAGCUGGAGCAUCUGGAACAGGGAAAGCCGCUCCCAGAGGAGCUCGCUCAAGCUCGUGAGGAUUUGAGAGCGACACAGGACGCCCUAGCUGAGGCUGGGGAAAGAGCGUCGGAGGCGGAGAUGGAGAUUAAGGCUAGAUUUAAUGUAUCUCUCCGUUUUCAGGACCAUCGCUUUCUGUUGUUCUUUUUUUCGCGUAGAAAUCAAAAUGGGGCUACUCCAAGUUUUAUUGUGACUUAUGCAACGGCUACAACACAGCACUACCUCUAAGCGCAAGAAGAAACUUGCAGAGACGGUCCGACAGCUGCGUGAGGAACGAGAGUCGAUCCAGGACGCGCUGCAAGCAGCUAGGAAGAUAAGCCAUAAGGCUGGCGAGCGCUUGACCAAAAUCUUCGACAAAAGAGGAACAAG